GUUAACUGAACAAACACAUUCCGAUUUUAGUAAUUUCGAUUCUUUCUCUUCACUUUCUAGUUAUUAUUCUACUCCACAAGAUACUAAUUCAAAGGUUAUCGUUGAUUAUGAAAAAUUGUAUAAAGCUAUUGGAAAAUGUGCUAAAAAUUUUCAAGCUUCACCUACUGAAAUUGUAACAGAUGCAAUUAUACAUGCUUUAACUGCUCUUUAUCCAAAAAAUACUUAUUAUGUUGGUAUAGAUGCUAAAACUUUUGCUUUAG